AUGGACUUCAAGACAGAAGAAGGGACGCAUUUACGGCGUCGUGACUGUGUUGUCUGCAAUAAUAGCAUUGCCAUUGGCGAUCUACCCUCACUUACCGACUGCGAACAUCGACCCGAGACGUGCGCAGGCUGUUACGCGGAUUGGAUAACUACACAGCUUCAAGGCAGUACUUGGCGUGAAGUUAAAUGUCCGGGGAGCGAUUGCAAUGUUGUCUUGUCGUACCAUGACAUUCGGCUAUACGCGAGCUCUGAGACUUUUGAAAAGUACGACACAUUCAAAGCCCGGGCUCUCAUCAACGAAGACCCCGAUUUUCGAUGGUGUCGGGCCUCCGGCUGUAAUUCUGGUCAGAUCCAUACGACUGGCGUCGCAGGUAACAUCUUUACUUGUUUGGGAUGUGGGAGCAAAACCUGUGUUGUCCACGAGAACACAUGGCACGAAGGCGAGUCGUGCGCUGAGUUCGACGACCGAACCUCCGGCCGUAAGCAACGAGAACACAAGGCGCAAGAAGAGGCGAGUGUAAGAAAAAUCAAGCAGCUUACCAGAAAGUGCCCUGGCCCUGGAUGCGAUUGGAACAUUCAGAAAAACGAUGGGUGCGACCAUAUGACAUGUACAAAAUGUGGCUACGAAUUCUGUUGGAUCUGCCUUUGUGAUUACAAGAAGGUGUUGCGAACAAGCAAUGCAGCCCAUGAGAGGUUCUGUUCUCAUUGGCCCACCAUGUCGAUGCGAGUGACGCGGUCGCAGGCCGGAAAGACGCCUCAAAAGCCCGAUCGCCCUGGCUUUGUCGAGACCCCUGGACGCAGGAAGUCGCAACGCAAGUCUCUUGCAUCCGACGGGUACGAGUCGACGCCUGAGCCAGAGAACUUCCUGAAGCCGUUCAAGUCCAACGAGAGCGAUGUGAAGAAAGAGGCCGAGGAGAAGAGCAAUGGACACGCCAACGGAAAUGGACAUGCAAACGGAAACGGACACACCAACGGCUACGCGAAUGGACACAGCAAUGGCAAGGCAAACGGACACGCAAAGAGCGAAAGGGACAUCGUCGAGCUCGACUACAAGAUGGAGGCGGAAAAGUUCUUCUCUCCAAAGGACAAAUCCGGCCUGCAUGAGUUCGGCGGCGCCAUUGGUAUGGGCAGCAUGAUGGUCUGCUUCCCAGCCCUCAUGUACUACAUGUGGAUUGGAGCCACCUUCUACGACGGCAAAUUCCCUACGCCGACCGAGGGCCAGAGCUACGGAGACUUUUUCGGACACAUGUGGUAUCUUGUAAAGACGGAAGCCUUCCCAAACAACAAAGCGUGGCAGAUUUACUGGUUCUUCGGACUCACGCAGAUGGCCUUCUACAUGUUCAUGCCGGGUGUCUACCGCAAGGGCAAGGCACUUCCCCACCUCGGUGGAAAGCAGCUGGACUACUACUGCUCGGCCAUGUGGUCUUUCUACUCCAGCAUUGUCAUUAUGUUGACUCUUCAUUUCACUGGCGUCUUCAAGCUUUACACUCUGAUUGACGAGUUUGGUCACAUUAUGAGCGUAGCCAUUCUUUCAGGCUUCCUUUGCUCUACUAUCGCAUACGUCUCAGCCCGCGUCCGCGGUGCUACUGUCCGAAUGACCGACAACCUCAUCGUUGACUUCUUCCUUGGCUCAGAGCUCAACCCUAGACUUUUUGGUAUUCUGGAUUUCAAGAUGUUCCUCGAGGUCCGCAUUCCAUGGUUCAUCCUCUUCUUCCUUUCCCUCGGUACUUGCUUGAAGCAGUACGAGCAAUAUGGUUACGUAUCUCUCGAAGCCAUCUUUCUGCUCUUCGCACACUACCUGUACGCCGGCGCCUGCGCAAAGGGCGAGCACCUCAUCAUCACGACCUGGGACAUGUAUUACGAGAAGCUCGGUUUCAUGCUCAUCUUCUGGAACAUGGCUGGUGUACCUCUCUCGUACUGCCACUGCACCCUGUACAUCGCUAACCACCAUCCUUCGGAAUACGGCAUGCCAACCUGGUUUACCGCCCUCCUCACCGUCACCUACCUCUACGUCUACUACAUCUGGGAUACGACCAACUCGCAAAAGAACCAGUUCCGUCAAGAAGAACGUGGUGUUGUCGAUGAGCGUACUACCUUCCCCUACUUCAAAUAUGGACGCAUCGCCAAUCCAAAGACAAUCCAGACAUCCCAUGGAAACAAGAUUCUGGCUGACGGUUGGUACGGCAAAGCGCGUAAGAUUCAUUACACAUGUGAUCUUUUCUUCGCCGUCAGUUGGGGCCUCAUCACUGGUUUCAAGAGCCCAUUCCCUUGGUUCUACUCCGUGUUCUUCGCGGGUAUGAUUAUUCACAGGGCGUUGAGAGAUAUCGAAAAGUGCAGGGAGAAGUAUGGUGAAGCAUGGAAAGAGUAUGAGAGGCAGGUGCCUUAUUUGUUCAUUCCGGUAAGUCCAGUCAUCUUCGACCUGAGUGAAAUUGUGCUAACAUGCUUCCAACGCGAACCCCUGUACGUGUGCCAAGCCAUGCGUCAGCGGGCCCAAGGCGCCAAAAGUUUGGACCCUCAUCUUUCGUAUUCGCAAACUGUCCUCCUACACCACACCACACCACAGAGCGAUCGAACCCCGCGCGCAUCGCCCACCAUGGACGCUCUCAAAUCCGCCGUCCAACCCAUCACCCACAACCUCCCCCAGCCCAUCGCCGACGUGGGCAUCUCCCUCCUCGGCCCCUCAUGCUACAAAACCCUCGUCUACAACGUCGACCUAACCGCAACCGAAUGCGUCAAGCUGGCUAUUUCCAAAGGCCUUGGUAUUGGCAUCAUCGGCGCCUCCUCCAUCGUCAAGAUUCCACAGCUGCUCAAGUUGCUCAAUAGCCAGUCGGCCGAAGGUCUUUCCUUCCUCUCAUACCUCCUCGAAUCGAGCUCGUACCUCAUUUCGCUGGCGUACAAUGUGCGCCACGGGUUCCCCUUUAGCACGUAUGGCGAGACGGCCUUGAUUCUCGUGCAGAACAUUGCUAUUGCGAGUUUGGUGCUCAAGUACAGCGGACGGGGUGUUGGUGUUGCGGGGUGGGUGGGAGGUCUGGCUGUUGCGGGUGCGGCCUUGUUCAACGACCAGUGGAUUGACGCGGAGAAGUUGAGUCUGUUGCAGGCUACGGCUGGUGUACUUGGCGUAGCGAGCAAGGUGCCACAGAUUCUGACGGUGUGGAGUGAGGGUUCGACGGGCCAGUUGAGCGCUUUUGCUGUCGUCAACUACCUCCUCGGUUCCCUCUCCCGUAUCUUCACCACCCUCCAGGAAGUCGACGAUCCGCUUAUCCUCUACGGCUUCAUUGCUGGUUUCGCCCUCAACGCCAUUCUCUUCCUCCAGGUUGUGUACUAUUGGAAUGCGCCGGCGUCCAAGAAGACGGGAUCAAAGAAACUGGAGGAGCCUAUCGCAGCGGACAAGAAGGAAACCGCGCGCGCCGUCUCGAGCGGAUCUGCCCCAUCGUAUGCGGAAAAGGCGGGCAAGAGUCCUAGCACAAGACGCAGGGGCUAG